UACUAACAUCACCAGAACAGUUCUCGGUCUAAGAGUGUAGAGAAAAGUGUUUUGAGAUAUAGGUGGGGCCUUUCUUAGAGCACACGAGGCUCAACACAUUACCAUAUUCGCAAAGGUACUUGAGAGUAACAGGUUGAUCAGAGGACAGACAUGAGGACAAACUGCCGUCUUUCAUCAACCACGCUGUCUUCAGGACCAAAGCGGAGGCAGUAGGCCAGCAGCUUGAUGCUCUUCUCACUGAAGACCCAAAGACUUGGUUUGCUUUAGGCCUGCUUGUUUUAGUUAUUUGGAGUGACUGCUUUUUGUCACUCUGUUUUGGAAUACACUGAUUUCUCAGGAGAAGGGGUUUGUGUAAGGCUUUCCCCCUGGAUUACUUGUGGAGAUUAGUGAUGGGGAAUGCGGCUGCGGGGGGCGUGGAGCAGCAAACGACUGAGGGCCAGAGAGAGGCCAGGAACUCAGUCGGGGCAGCUUCAGGAAUGAGUGACCCCACACCAACCUUGCAGAAGAAGCAGCCGGCUCCCCCCAAACUGCCCAUGCCCCCAGAGGAGGAGCUGGAGAAGCGUUUCAACGUGGUGCUGAGCUACAUGAACUUGCCUCCAGAUAAACUGAAGCUAUUGAGUCAAUAUGACAAUGAAAAGAAGUGGGAAUUAGUCUGUGAUCAGGAGCGUUUCCAGGUGAAGAGUCCCCCAUCCACUUACCUGGCCAAGAUCAAGAGCUUUUACCAGGAUCAAGGAGGAGUGUCUCGCAGGCUGAAGAAAAGGAUCCAAGAUGCAACUCAGGUGCUUAAAGAUCUGGAGAUAUCACUUCGCACAAAUCACAUUGGAUGGGCCCAAGAGUUUCUCAAUGAGCAAAACAAUGGUUUGGAUGUUCUGGUGGAAUACCUGUCCCAUGCGCAAAGUGACGCCUCGUUUGAUGUGGAGAGCGUUGAAAAUGGUGGCACCCUGUCAGACAGAGGAAAGCCAGCAGAGAGGUCGAUGGAGGAUUUGACCAAGAGCUCCAGCAGCUCUCACUCACAUGGGAUGACCAGAGCUGCCCGUGCACUGACUGUCAGAAUAAGCUCCACUCUGGGGAACAAGAUGCACAAAAAGUCCCAUUCAUCCAACCAGAGAGAUGAUGUACACGUGUGCAUAAUGUGCUUGCGAGCCAUCAUGAACUACCAGUCUGGUUUUAACCAGGUGAUGACUCACCCGCGCUGUGUGAACGAGAUCACCCUCAGUCUCAACAGCAGGAAUCCCAGGACCAAAGCCCUCGUGCUGGAGUUGCUGGCUGCCGUGUGUCUCGUCAGGGGAGGGCAUGAUAUCAUUCUCUCUGCUUUUGACAACUUCAAGGAGGUGAGCAAAGAAAGGAACCGCUUUGAAAAGCUGAUGGAGUACUUCAUCAAUGAUGACAGCAACAUUGACUUCAUGGUGGCUUGCAUGCAGUUCAUAAACAUUGUGGUCCAUUCAGUGGAGAACAUGAACUUCCGUGUCCACCUGCAGUACGAGUUCACUCACCUUGGAUUAGACAAGUAUCUAGAGGGUCUGAAGCAAACAGAGAGUGAGAAGCUGCAGGUCCAGAUCCAGGCCUACCUGGACAACGUGUUAGACGUGGGAGCUCUGCUGGAGGACGCUGAGAACAGAGGAGGGGUGCUGGAGCAUGUGGACGAACUGCAGGAACACAAUGUACAGCUGAGUGUCCGGCUUCAGGAAAUUGAGAAUCAGACGACAGGGCGGAUAUCAGAACUCGAGACUCACCUCAUGCAGGCGACCAAGGAGACCGAGCUGCUCAAAGAAAGCCUACGAGAGUCCUGUUCCCAGGUCAGUUCUUUGCAGCAGAGAGAAAGAGAGCGUGAGCUGGACAGGGAGAGGGAGAAGGACAGGGAGCGCCUCAGCACUUCAGCCGUGCAGACCCCCUCAGAGCUGGAGGAGAAGAUCCAGGAGCUGCAGGACAAGGGGCUGAUCCGACUGGGGCGAAGCGCCUCAGGAGGUCUGGACAUCCAGGUUGUGCCUGUCACAGUGGUCGAGUACGUCCAAGCCCCGGCCCCGGCCCCGGCCCCGGCCCCGGCCACUCAGCCAAGCACAGCCUCCCCAGAGUCCAGCCCCCCUGGUUCUGUCCCUCCUCCUCCCCCUCCUCCUCCUCCCCCUCCUCCCGGAGGAGGCCCACCACCUCCUCCUCCCCUACCUGGUGCUGGACCCCCACCUCCACCUCCCCCACCUGGUGUUGGACCCCCACCCCCUCCCGGAGCUCCAAAUACUCAAUCUGGGCUCAAGAGCAAGAAGACAAUUCAGACCAAGUUCAGGAUGCCGUUGUUAAACUGGCAGGCCUUAAAACCAAACCAGGUGACAGGCACCGUCUUCAACGAGUUAGAUGACGAGCAGAUCUUAGGGGAGCUGAACAUGGAGAUGUUUGAGGAACAGUUCAAGACUAGGGCCCAGGGUAAUCCAACAGACCUGUCUAAUAUGAAGAAGAAGGUGGUCCAGAAGGCCCCCAGUAAGAUGUCCUUGAUUGACCCCAACAAAGCCAAGAAUCUGGCCAUCACUCUACGCAAGGGAGGAAUGAACCCAGCUGGGAUCUGCACCGCCAUAGAGACGUACGACCAGUCUUUGGCCAUAGACUUCCUGGAACUGCUCGAGCACUUCAUACCGUCAGACUUUGAGAUGAAGCUGCUGCUAAACUACGAGAAGGAAGGCCGCCCACUGGAGGACCUGACCAACGAGGACCAAUUUAUCUUGCGCUUCGGGAAGAUUCCUCGUCUGAACCAGAGAAUAAACACUCUCACUUUCAUGGGCAACUUCCCAGACACGGUCAAACGGCUGCAGCCGCAACUGAACUCCAUCAUUGCUGCGUCCAUGUCCAUCAAGUCUUCAACGAAACUGAAGAAGAUUUUAGAAAUUGUUCUCGCCUUCGGUAACUACAUGAACAGCAGCAAGAGAGGUGCAGCGUACGGUUUUCGGCUGCAGAGUCUGGACCUUUUGUUGGAGACCAAGUCCACUGACCGCUCACAGACGCUACUUCAAUUCAUCACCGGUAUCAUCCAAGAAAAAUACUCCGACUUGGCCAACUUCCACACUGACCUACACUUUGUGGACAAGGCAGCGCUUGUCUCCCUGGAUAGCAUUCUUCAGGAUAUCCGCUCAUUAGAACGUGGAAUGGAGAUGACCAAAAAAGAGUUCCUGGUGCAGGACGACUGCCCGGUGUUGAAGGAAUUCAUCAAAACUAACAGUGAGCAGCUGGAAGCUCUGAUCAAAGACAGCAAGACAGCACAGGAGGCUUACGGCUCUGUGGUGGAGUAUUUCGGCGAGAACCCCAAAACUACACAGCCUUCCAUGUUUUUCCCGUUGUUCGGACGUUUCAUAAAGGCCUACAAGGUAGCACAGCAACAGAUUCAGCAGAAAAAGAAAAUGGAGAGUGAGAGUGAGGAAAAAGAGUCGUCAUCUCCCAACAAAGCUGGGGCACAAAAGGGGCCUAUGAUGCCCAAGAUGCCCCAGAUGGACCUGAUAGCAGAGCUGAAGAAGAGGCAGGUGAAACCGCAGGUGCGCGAAGGGAAGGACGGCGCUCUGGAGGACAUCAUCACAGAUUUGAGAAACACACCAUACAGGAGGACAGAUGGUCGACGGCCAGCGCAGCGCCAGGACACUUGAGCCACUUCCUUUUUUUUUUUUUUUUUUAAACAAAUGUAACUGGAAUCACAGUCAAGGAUACAGACAAAAGAACAAUCUUUUUAGUGUUCUGUAUAUACAGUAUAUCAAAAUAUAUAAUUAACCAUAUGGCAUUGUGUAUUUUUUGCCAACAUUUUGGUGUGAAUUUGUUCUGUAAAUAGACUUAAGUUGGAACUAUUUGAUACUUUUAAUGCAUCAGUUCAUGAAUUUGAUUCCAAAUCUUGCUAAAAAAUAAAAAACAAUUUAAUUAUUGCUGUGGCGCCUCGUGUGCAUCUAUUAAAUUAAUGAUCCUGACUUUAUUUUAAAAUAAACCAAUUUUCUAACUGCUG